CUUAGCAGGAAGCUGAGCUGAGUAGGGUCUAAUUGUUUAAGUACGGACCGGGAGAAAGGACAUAAAAAGGCUCAUAGUCAUACCCCCAUGCGCACAGGCGGCUCCUGCAGACUGCAGGGAUACAUAAAUACGAUCACAGCAGUAAAAUGUGUGGGAUCUGGGCUUUAUUCGGCAGUGAUGAGUGCCUGUCGGUUCAGUGCACCAGUGCCAUGAAGAUUGCUCACCGGGGCCCCGAUGCCUUCCGCUUCGAGAACGUCAACGGCUUCACCAACUGCUGCUUUGGCUUCCACCGACUGGCCAUUGUGGACCAGCUGUACGGCAUGCAGCCCUUACGAAUCAAGAAGUUCCCAUUCUUGUGGCUCUGCUACAAUGGAGAGAUCUACAACCAUCAGACACUGAAAGAGCAGUUUGAGUUUGAUCACCAGACCAAAGUGGACGGUGAGAUUCUGCUCCAUCUGUAUGACCGCUUUGGCAUCCAGAAGAUGGCUACUCUCCUGGAUGGAGUCUUUGCUUUCAUUCUUCUGGACACUGCCAACAGAAAAGUCUUUCUAGGCAGAGACACAUACGGCGUCCGACCUUUGUUCAAACUCCUCACAGACGACGGAUUCCUUGCCAUCUGCUCUGAGGCCAAAGGCCUCAUAGACAUAACUCAUGCUAUGGCCACCCCUGCCAACAUUGACCCGUUCCUCCCCGGGCACUUCGAGGUCUUCGAUCUGAAGCAGAACGGCAAAGUUCAGUCAAUUCAAAUGGAUCAGUUUCACUGCUGCACAAAGGAGCCCGCUCAUGCAAUCUAUGACACGGUGGAGAGACUGUCUACAAGUUUUGAUGAGGAAACGGUAAAAAGCAACAUCAGAAUGCUGUUUGAGAAUGCAGUGCGGAAACGUCUCAUGGCUCACAGGAGGAUAGGAUGUCUCCUCUCAGGUGGUCUGGACUCCAGUUUGGUUGCUGCUACUCUGGUGAAGCUGGCCAAGGAGGAGAAGCUGUCCUACCCCAUUCAGACAUUUUCAAUUGGCUCAGACAACAGUCCAGACAUCAUUGCUGCUCGCAAGGUUGCAGCUCAUAUUGGCAGCCAACACCACGAGGUGAACUUCACAGCAGAGGAAGGUAUUCAGGCUGUGGAAGAGGUCAUCUUUCACCUGGAGACCUACGACAUCACCACCAUACGUGCCUCUGUCGGAAUGUACCUGGUUUCAAAGUACAUCAGGGAGAAGUCAGACAGUGUGGUGAUCUUCUCUGGAGAGGGAGCUGACGAGCUGACUCAGGGAUAUAUUUACUUCCACAAGGCUCCAACUCCCUCAGCUGCUGCAGAAGACAGUGUUCGGCUGAUGAAGGAGCUCUACCUGUUUGAUGUCCUCCGAGCUGAUCGUACCACUGCUGCACAUGGUCUGGAACUCAGAGUGCCUUUCCUGGAUCACAGACUCACAGCAUACUACCUCUCUCUGCCAGACGAAAUGAAGACGCCAAAGCAUGGAGUGGAGAAACACCUUCUGAGGGACUCAUUCAAAGGUCUGAACCUGAUCCCUGAUGAGAUCCUGUGGAGGCGUAAAGAGGCGUUCAGUGACGGUAUAAUGUCCAUAAAGAAGUCCUGGUAUGUCUGCCUGCAGGAACACCUUGAAUCCAUGGUAAACGACAAUCAGAUGGAGCGUGCACACAAGACGUUCCCUCACAACCCUCCCUGCUCCAAAGAGGCCUAUUAUUACCGGCAGGUGUUUGAGAAGCAAUUCCCUGGCCGGGCUGACUGGCUGCCUCAUUACUGGAUGCCCCGCUGGAUCAACGCCACUGACCCAUCAGCCCGGACCCUGCCCAUCUACAAACCCGACAAAGAUCAGUGAACAGCAGCUCUGUCUGUAUGCUAGGUCAUCCAAACACCUCCUACAUGUGUCAUAAUUCGCUUUAAUUCAGCUUUAGAUUCAUCCAAAAUUAAAGCAAGUUUGUCUCACUGUGAUGGAGUUUGUUGGACUUAAGAUUGCCAGACUUGCUUUUAGGGCAGCUCCAUGAAAGUAGUUUAUUUUUCCCCAUGAUUCAUGAUUCCCUUCCAACAAAAACCACACAGAAGUUAAAAGACAAAACUAAGGAAUUAAAUUAAAAACAAGGAAAACCAAAAAAAGUACUGAAAUAAUCAAACUCACCUUCAAGCUUUUUGCACAGUCACAUUGGUUAUGUUUAAAUCUAACAAACUCCAUCAACAUCUGAUUCAGUAGUCAUGGUAAAGAUUAGACUGUGUGGGUACAUCUGUUUUUAUAGUACUAACCUGAUGUCAGGUUUAACACAGAGUUUAACGUUUUAACUUUUACACUAAUUAAAUUUAACAGUUUCAUACUGCUCACCCUGUCUGCUUUAGAUACUUAAAAGAUUAUUCUUUUAUUUUUUAUGUUUAAAUAACCUCAGAUACUUCAGAAAGCCAUUACCAGAAAGGCUGCUACUUUGACUUUUGCAUGAGUUUUUUCUUUGUGCGAUAAGUAUGAAGGAGUUUUCAGUUCUUCGUGGACUGAGGGGGAGGAGACUCAUCAGUGUGAAUGUUGUGGAUAAACUUCACACAAUUUCAUCUCGUCUCUGCUGGUUUUCACACGGUGUUCGGUCUUUGGUCGGACUGUCUAUGCAAACAGAUGUCUGCAGUGAGAAUGUGUUACAUCAUGAUAAAGGUAGGGGCAUAUGAAGAAGAAAUUUGUUAAGAUUUUGGCUAUCAGACCAAAGCAAUGGUGUUCCCUUUGUCUCUAGAUUCCCAGUCAAUUUCCACAAUCAUCUUGAUUUAAGUCAUAACAGAAGGUGUAGUACAGCUGCUGAACCAUGUGAUGGGAUGUUUGAUUAUUACUAAAAAAUGACUUACAGUUUAACACAACUCAUAAUCAUUAAAUGGGAUUCAGGGUAUUUUUAAACCAACAUCUUUUAGGGUUUAGGUGAUAUAAAUGUAAAAAAAACCCCGAACUGCUCCAGUGAAAGAAUUGACUGUACAUAAAUACAAAUAGUGCAGUGUAUCAUUUUUUCUUUCUGUAACUGAAGGAGUAUGAUCUACUGAGGUAGGAAAUUUGGUAAAAGGUGGUGCCAACUCCAGCCGGUCUGGCCUCUGUGGUUUUCUGUUAGUUGUGAGCCAUGAAGCAGCAGCUCCAACGGUCGAGGCUUGUGCAGGUCAGCCCAUCAUACUGGUCUAUCAGUUGCACCGGAAUAAGGGACAUUGGAAAUUUUGGAUGGAAAAAAAGAAAAAAAAACAACUCUCUCGCCAUUGUGGCUAUUAGAGUUUUUACCUCAUAAUGAAUAAAAACAGCAUGUAGCUAGCUGUGAUGAACUGCUCUGUAAUUUUGUAUCGUAGUGUUAGGGAGACGAGGUAAAUCCCAAUCAAGACUGAUGAUGUCAUGGGCUCAGAUUUUUGCCUUGCUCAAAUAAAACUGAGCCAGGAAAGAGGUAAACAACUUCCCAAUGGUCUAAAUAAAAAAAAUUCAGUCACUUGUAGAUCUCAGCGUUUUCACAUUUACAGCAACUGUACUCCAACAUAUCUAGUGUGUAAGACACAAAGUUUGAAUUUCUCUUUUCAGGGACUUUAAAAUGUACUCAAAAACGUCUAAGUCAUGACUCCCUUAUUGCUGAAUUGUCAUUUCAGUGUAACCUGUAACCCAUUGAAGAGUAUAUCACCCUCAAGCAUGUUUAUGACAAAAUGAUGGAGAAAAGCUGUUACAGUGAUGAUACUAGUUUCUGUGCUACACAUGGUGCUUUUGGUGUUUGUCCCCUUUUACUGCUCUCACAUGUAAAGAUUCCUUCAACCAAUCAGCUGACUGUACUGAGUCUAGCUCCAUGCUUUAGGAUCUGAUAGGUAUGCUUGGUACCACAGCAGAAGGUUCCUAUAAAUAGGAUGGUAGGGUCAGUCUUUUUGGCACAUUAUUCUAACUUUUUACAGUGGAUUGCAAAGAUAAACAUAUAAAUUUACAAAGCUGCUGACAACAGAGUAAGAUUAAUCUGCAGUAUUUUUAAUUGGAACGAUGGUUAACUUGAUGAAAGUAAAACAUUAGUCUAACAGUACCACUUAAAAGUCAUUUAGACCCCAAAAUGUAUAGAAAAAAUGUGCUUAAAAAAAACAGUUAUAUAGCCAUUGCAUCCCACGUUCUGUAAUUCUACCUCUGGACAUUCUCGUCGUGAUGAUUUUCUUUCCUUUUCUUUUCCUGGUUUUGUACUAGAAUAAAUAAAUCCCUCUCU